AUGGUGGCCACGUACAUGAUCGACACAAGGCAGCGACUGAUGAUGGGGAGGCGACUACGCGCUCUGAACGAACUACUGCGACGUGCAAGUGUGGCGGAAGAAGGACCGCUGCUAAUCUACUAUCAGCGGCUGUUCGAUGCGAUGCGCAGUGCGCAUGAGUGCGCUAAGAACGCCUGGAGACGCGAACAAGCACGCCAAGCGUGCUACUACGACAGGAAGUUUUCACUCACCGACUACACUACUGGACGUGACGGCCAAGACAUCGAGGCGCAGCUCGAGCAUGAUAGCUCGCUCGAAUGGCAAAAUGAUCCGUCGGCGGCAAAAACGACUCUGGGAGCAGCGGCGGCACCAGUACACGCAGUAGCGGGGCCGCGAACUACGAGACGGAGAGGACGAGCAGCGACGCGUGCGGCUGCAGCGUCAGGACCGGCGGCCGAAGCGACGAAGCGAAGGCGGCCAGCAGGAGACGAUGGACGGCGAUGGGUCGGCGUCGAGGAGUACGACGAGCUGCUGCAGAGCGACAGGGCGGCGGCGGCGGUAGACGACUACGAGACGCUGGAGGUGGUGACAGACGGCGAUACGAAGUCACCGGCCAAGGCGCACGACGGCAGGUCCACGUGGGCAGUGACACGAUGCGGCUCCAGGCGCACGACGGCAGGAUCCAAGUGGCGGGAACAGCCUGGAUAUGCACUCAGCGCCCUGAAUCAGGGUGAUCAAGCCAAGAUCGAGCCAGUCAUGCCACAAGAGCCGAAGACGUGCCCGACCAAGCUCGUCGAUGCCUAA